CUUAAAGUUCUUCCCAUUGACAAAUAAAAGGAUCAGUGUUUUUAUUUCGUCUCUUCCUUUGUCUGUAUUAUUAAGAGACACUCAAAUCUUUUUUGUCAGUGAAGUUUGGGAGUGAAUGGCUAGUUUUCAUACCGUUAAAGAUGCGGUGAAGCUCUUUGACGCUGGUAUUUCUAGAGGAAAACAUCUCAACAAGAGACAAGAACAGGGAGUGUUGGUGGAGGAGACAAAUCUCUGUCUCUGGAAUAAAGAGGUUAACAAGUUGAAAGAAAAGAUAAAGAAUGCUGAGAAGACCAAGAUUGAGGCUUUGUUAGAGCUUGAGGAAGCCAAGAAGACAGUUGAGCAUCUUAGUCAGAAGCUGGGAAUUAAGCAGAACAUGAUAAAUGAUGAGAAUGAUUUGGAUUUGAAUAGUAAUGUAAGAGUUGUGACUUCUGAGCUAGGUGUUGCUAAGGAAUCGCUCCAUAGAGUAGCUGAAGAGGAGAGUGAGUUGUGUAUGUUAAUGGAGUCUCUUAAGCUCGAGCUUCAAAACGUGGAGAAAGAACAUUCAGAGCUUAAAGAGAUUGAGCAAAGAGAGAGGGAUCUAGAAGCCAUUGAGGAUCUGGAUAAGGAAACCAAAGAUGCAAAGGCAGAACUCUCGCUGUUAGAAGAAGAGCUCAAGAUUGCUCUUUUCGAGGCUCGAGAAGCAAAAGAUGCAGAGGAACACGCCAGAGAACGGCUAAAUGUUGCAGUUUUGGAAUCUGAUUUCAGAUCAUCAGUUGAGGUGAAAGAAAGUGGUGCUGAAGAAUUAACUGAGACAGAAGCUCUAAGAGCUUGCAGAGACGAAACACUCAAGACACUAGAAAUGAGUGAGAGAGAGAUUGAAGAUAUAAAAGCUGCAACACAAGAUGCCUUGAAGAAAGCUGAGAUGGCUCAAGAAGCUACAAUUGUGGUGGAUGUUGAGCUUAAACGACGGCGUAAAGCAGCGAGUAAGAUCUUGGCAGAAUCCAAAAUGUGUGCCAAAUCAACAAAGGAAGUGCUCAAGUCAAAACCAAGAUCAGCUUCAAAAGAAGCACGACCUACCUGGGCUCCAGCUAAGGGAGGUAACGAGCAAGGUGGUGCUCGGAUCUUUGGUCCAUCUCAAAAGUAUUCGUCUCGUGAUGUCGCCGCUCACACAACUUUAAAGCCAAGGAGGGAAGGGCAACACACUCAAGAGGAACUCCAGAAGAUAAAUCUUCGUGAGGAGCUUGAAGAGCGUGAGAGGAGACAUUUCUCAUCCAAAGACAAAUCUUACAGUGAUGAUAGAGAGCGCAGAAGAGGAAGUCAGCUUUUACUGGAAGGCUCUAAAAGGGAUCCUGAAGAUCGGAUAAUUCCUCGCAGUGUAGAUGCUGAUGAUUCUGAUGUUGAUAUCAAAAGUGACGAUGAAAGUGAUGACGAAAGUGACGAUGAUGACGAGGACGACACUGAAGCUCUUAUGGCUGAACUCGACCAGAUAAAGAAAGAAAGAGUGGAAGAGAGGCUCAGGAAGGAAAAGCAGCAGCAGAUGGAAGAGCUAAACGCUAAGGAAGAGGAACUUCUCAAAGGAAACCCAUUGCUUAAUACUCCAACGUCCUUUAAUGUCAAAAGGAGGUGGGAUGAUGAUGUUGUAUUCAAGAACCAGGCACGUGGUGAAAUGAAAGCACCUAAGCGCUUCAUCAAUGAUACAAUCAGGAAUGACUUCCACAGAAAAUUCCUGCACAGAUACAUGAAAUUCCUGCUUAUAUCUUAUUCAUCACUCACACCACGAAACUUCAAAACUGGAAACAGCUGUGUGAAGUGUGAACUUGCUUGCAUCUUUCAUGUUGUCCAACAAAACUUUAGUUUAGAGCUUGAAGUAGAAGCCAUUGUAGCACCUCGAUGUUCCACAGUAGCAAUCCGUCUGUAUGUUUCUGCGAAUCUCUCAAUGUUUGGGACCAUGUCUUUGAUCGUUGCUGAAAGUGUCUUGAGUGGAAGAUGUACUCGGUUUCAUAUUCAGAUUGGGAGAUCAGAUCACUGAUAUACAAAGCCUUGUGACCUUGUCAAGCUUCUCAGUAGCUUUGAUGUUAGCGUAUAGCUCUACGAAAUUCUCAUACAUUUCUCUCUCAUGCUUAUCGUUCCAUAACUUGACCUCUAUCUUUUAAAAACUGAAGAGAUGUAUCAAGUUCAAAAUCAAUAAUACCAAGUUAAUAAAUGAAUGUAGCUAAU